CAAUGAGUAACUUGCGACCAAUAGACAGCCUGAUUAAACUAGAAGGAGGCUUGUCUGACAGCAGGGAGAGUAUCAAAGGGAACUGGGACGCGGAAAGCACUCCAUUCCCUAGGCUGCACGCGAGCUGAAAGUGUCUUCAAUCUGAACAACCAUGAUCACUUCCCGCUGUGUCAUCUUCAUCGGAGUCGUCAGUCUGGUAACUCAGCAAGGAUUGCCAGUUGAUAGCUACGGGGACUCUCAUCUGGGUGGAGUUCUGGCGAAUAUCACAGUGCGCCAAGGGGAGACCGUCUUCCUCAGGUGCCCACAGGAUGACGAGGUCACUCUCUCAGCCUGGCUGAACCGCACAAAUCUCCUGUAUACGGGAGAGACCAAGUGGACGGCCGACCGGAGAGUUAGCCUGGAGCUGCUGAGCAGGAGCGAGUUUGUCAUCAGGAUCAAUGACGUGGGCAUUCAAGAGGAUGGUCAGUAUGUCUGUGUGUCACAGACCCCCCGUGGGAUGCGGAAGACAAUGGUCUACGUUAUUGUUCAAGUCCCUCCCAAGAUCACAUUUUUAACGGAGGACGUGGCACUGAUGGAGGGCUCUGACGUCAGUCUGAUGUGUUCCGCUAGCGGAAAUCCUGAACCCGUCAUAAGCUGGAAACGAGUGUCACCCACAGCUUAUUCCCUUGUUUCCGACGAUGGAUACUUGGAAAUCAAAGAUAUUUCCAGGCACAGAGCUGGAACAUAUGAGUGCUCAGCAAUGAAUGAUGUGUCUACAGAUGCAAAAACUUUGCAGUUAAAAGUCAACUAUCCUCCUACCCUGAUGGAGGUCAAGAAUGUUGGUGUGCCCGUUGGCCAGCAGGCUGUCCUUGGUUGUGAAGCGGAGGCUGAACCUGCGGCAAAUUUUGAGUGGUACAAAGAUAACGAAAGGGUGGUGAGCGGCUCUUACAACUCCGAGGUAGAAAGCCAGGGCAAACUUUCAAAGCUGAUCUUCUUCAACGUGUCAGAGGAUAAUUACGGAAACUAUUCAUGUGUUGCCAAAAACAACCUUGGUAUUGCAAAUGCAAGCAUGGUUCUCUAUGAAUCUUCAUGGCUCAUGUCAGUGCAGGAAAGGAGCGCAGGCACCAUGAUGGAAUAUUCCCUCAGCAGUUUACUCAUCAUCGUCCUCGCUCAGGUCUUGCUGAAGUUUUGAUGUCGUCCUUGGCCAGAAGGAUGCCAGCUUUGGUGUGAUGUGUUAUUCUUAUAGACUGUAGAAUUAUGUCUUCAAGCACAAAAGUAAUAUUUAUUAGCAAUGAUUUUUUUGGCAAUCUAAUAUCAAGUUAUGAUCUGCUAAUAUGUUUCUUUUGGACUGAUUGUGUCAUUACUGAGUAUACUUUUGUGGAAUUACAUCAAUGCCGAAUAAUAUCUUGACGUUGACCAUUUUGAUGGUGAGCAUUUGUCAGUAAUAUUUGGUGUUUACUGAUUAAUAUUUGAUUUAAACCUUCAAUUCUUCUUGCUUUUUUGGUACUAAAUCUAGUGUUUAUUUAUGUUUGCUUAUAUGACAUACGUAAGAGAUUGUGUUAUGCACAUCUUACUAAAAGGAGUUCGUUUUAAUUGCUAAGUAAUGAUUGCUCAGUUUCACAGAGUAACUGAGCAAGGCAUCUGAUUAUCAUUUUGUGAUCGGAAAGCACUCCUUGGAUGAUGCUAAUAUAUAAUAUAAAGAAAUUGAUGAUGGAAGAAACUAUUAAUGAUUCAUACUUUGUCAUCAUAGUCUUCAGUCUAUGUUGUUGUCUGAUGCUGCUAAAAUUGCCUUUCAGCUGCUAAAGUUCCACCUUCAAAAGCUGUGGCCUGUUCACCAAAACCAUGGUUACAAUGAUGAACUGUACUGUACAGAUUUUGGUUUCAUGUAAACCUAAAUGCAUUGAAUUUAUGCACUAAAUUGUGGCAAUAUGCAAAAAAAAAAAAUGGAUUUAUUAACACUGAAGUCAUUUAUUUAAUUAUUCUGAAUCUGUUAAAAUCUCCAGUAAAUAAUCUUGAUGUUACAAGCAGUACCAGCCUUAGCCAAUGCGGCAUCCCAGGCAAUCAUCAGUGCUGCACCCCCUUCCCGUUUGAGGCAAACUGAAAUUGUGGGCAAGUCGGUACCCUAGGCGGCCACAUGUGUUGCCUGUAGGAGUGAACAGUCCUAGUGUGUUCUAAGUAAAAUAUUACUUGUUGGUGUAUAUGGUAAAUUUUGCAUGUCACAUUUUGGUGCAUAUGUUUGUUUGUUGAAUAAGGGAAUGUUUUGUUUGUCUAGAAGCAUUGCAUAGAUAAAUCCCAACACAAAGGUCCCCAAAAUGAAAACAAACUAAUAUGCAACCAAACAAGCAUCAGUGAAUAAAUAAAAAUGAAUGUGCAUAAUACAUUGCAGGUGGUUUACUAUAUACACCGUUGAGAUGUCCUUCUAGUAAUAUUCUGUAAUGGGUUAACAUAUUUGUUUCAUUCCAAAUAAAAAAACACACACACAA